CUUGAAUGUUCUGACAAAUGAUGGUAGAAGUCUUUUGCAUGUAGCUUGUCUUUGUGGGAAGUUUGAAAUUUGUGAGUACUUAGUUGAGAAUCAUCCCCAUCUAUUAGAUGUCAGGGACAAAUCUAGUUACUCAGUGUUGCAUUAUGCAGCCUGGGUAGGUAAUGUCCAAAUAGUAAAACUAUUGAUUGAGAAAAAGAUUGAUAUCAAGACCCUAUCGGAUGAUGGUGAAACAGUUUUACAUCUAUGCUGUCGUUCUGGUAAAAUGGAGAUGUGUGAGUAUUUGGUCAAUCAAUUUUCAGAGUUAUUGGAGAUAAAGGACAAUAACGGAUCUACAGUGUUACAUUCAGCUUGUAAAGGGGAAAGUGUAGAAAUUGUUUCUUUUCUAAUAAAAAAAGAUUGGACAUCAAUGCGUUGUCAAAUGAUGGCAGAAGUAUUCUGCAUGUGGCUUGUCUUAGUGGGAAGUUUAAAAUUUGUGAGUACUUAGUUGAGAACUAUCUCCAUCUAUUUAAUGUCAGGGACACAUAUAGUAACUCAGUGCUGCAUGAUGCAGCCUGGGAAGGUAAUGUUCAAACAAUAAAACUAUUGAUUGAGAAAAAGAUGGACAUCAAUACACUACAUGAAGAUGGUAAAACAAUUUUACAUCAAUGCUGCCACUCUGGUAAAAUGGAGAUGUGUGAGUAUUUGGUCAAUCAUUUUUCAGAGUUAUUGGAGAUAAGAGACAAUAACGGAUGUACAGUGUUACAUUCAGCUUGCGAAGGAGGAAGUGUGGAUAUUGUUUCGUUUCUUAUAGAAAAAGGAUUGGAUUUAAAUGUCUUGUCUAAUGAUGGGAAAAGUAUUUUGCAUAGAGCCUGCCUCAGUGGGAAAUUUGAAAUUUGUGAGUACUUAGUUGAGAAUCAUCCCCAUCUAUUAGAUGUCAGGGACAAAUCUAGUAACUCAGUGCUGCAUGAUGCAGCCUGGGGAGGUAAUGUUCAAACAAUAAAACUAUUGAUUGAGAAAAAGAUGGACAUCAAUACUCUGCAGAAAAAUGGUGAAACGAUUUUACAUCAAUGCUGUUGCUCUGGUAAAAUGGAGAUGUGUGAGUAUUUGUUUAAUCGUUUUUCAGAUCUAUUGGAGAUAAGGGACAUUAAAGGAUGGACAGUGUUACAUUCAGCUUCCAAAGGAGGAAGUGUAGAAAUUGUUUCUUUUUUAAUAGAAAUAGAAUUGGACUUCAAUGCCGUGUCAAAUAAUAGUAAAAGUAUUCUGCAUAUAGCUUGUCUCAAUGGGAAGUUUGAAAUUUGUGAGUACUUAGUUGAGAAUCAUCCCCAUUUAUUAAAUGUAAGGGAUAGAUCUAGUAACUCGGUGUUGCAUGAUGCAGCCUGGGGAGGUAAUGUUCAAAUAGUAAAACUAUUGAUUGAGAAAAAGAUGGACAUCAAUACCCUACAGAAAAAUGGUGAAACAAUUUUACAUCAAUGCUGUCGUUCUGGUAAAAUGGAGAUGUGUGAGUAUUUGGUCAAUCAUUUUUCAGAUUUAUUGGAAAUAAGGGACAAUAACGGAUGGACAGUGUUACAUUCAGCUUGCAUUGGAGGAAGUGUGGAUAUUGUUUCGUUUCUUAUAGAAAAAGGAUUGGAUUUAAAUGCCUUGUCUAAUGAUGGGAAAAGUAUUCUGCAUAUAGCUUGUUUUAGUGGUAGGUUUGAAAUUUGUGCGUACUUAGUUGAGAUUUGUCCCCAUUUAUUAGAUGUAGGGGACACAUGUAGUAACUCAGUGUUGCAUGAUGCGGCCUGUGGAGGUAAUGUUCAAAUAGUAAAACUAUUGAUUGAAAAAAAGAUGGAUAUCUAUACCCUAAAAGACGAUUGUGUAACAAUUUUACAUCAAUGCUGUCGUUCUGGAAAAAUGGAGAUGUGUGAGUAUUUGGUCAAUCAUUUUUUUUUUCGAUUGAAUGGAGAUCAGGUACAAUAA